AUGGAGCUGCAGAAAGAGGCGCGAACACCCAGGGACCCCGUCGCGCGGCUACCAGGGGCCUCUAGGUCUCAGAAGCCGGACGAGGAGGAGCGGCGGGAGGGCGGCUCAGCCCCGGCGGCGACUGCCUUGGACGCGGAGGUGGACGGGGCUAGUGCGGACGGCCUGUGGGAACUGCCAGUGGAGCCGGCUGAGCGGAGGCCCGAGUGCAGCCGCUGCAGCCGACCUCAGAAAGUGUGUUUGUGUCCGUUUCUACCAGUGCAUCCUCUACACAUCUCUACCCACUUGUACAUAAUUCAGCAUCCAGCAGAGGAAAACAAGGUGUUGCGGACAGUUCCUCUGCUAGCAGCAUGUCUCCCCCAAGAUAAGUGUAAAGUCAAGAUUGGUCGUCGCUUCAGUGAGGAAAGAGAUCCUGAACUUUCAACUGUUUGUCGGAAGUCUGAUACAUUAAUAUUAUAUCCAGGGGCUGAAGCUGCUAAUUUGGAAGAAUUUAUAUUAGAUUCUCCUGUUUAUCCUUCCACAAUCAUCAUCAUCGAUGGUACAUGGAGCCAGGCUAAGGACAUUUUCUACAAGAAUUCCUUGUUCCGACUGCCUAAACAGGUGCAAUUAAAAACCAGCAUUUCUAGUCAGUAUGUAAUUCGGGCGCAACCAACUAAUAGGUGCCUUUCUACACUGGAGUGUGCAGCUGUUGCUCUUUCUAUCUUGGAGAAAAAUAAUUACAUACAAGAGACUUUGCUUCGCCCUCUUCAAGCUUUAUGCUCUUUCCAGCUUCAGCAUGGUGCUCAAAUUCGCCUCAGCAAGGAACACCUUCUGAAAAAUGGAUUAUAUCCUAAGCCGAUGCCAAAGAACAAACGCAAACUCAGGAAAAUGGAACUAUUAAUGAACAGCAUUAAAAUUUAGUACAGUUGCUCUUAUGGUGCUAGUUUUGUUGUCUUCAGCUGACAAUAAUGAGUUAACUUUUUAUACAUUUUAAGUCUGUGGGUUUUUGUCUAAAGAAUGAGAGUUACAUACUAAACUUACCCAGAAGAAGAAAGUAAUCCAAAUAGCCAAAAAACAAACAAACAAAAUUCAGUGAUUCAGUGAAAAGCAAGAUUUCGUACUGUAUUUGUUUUUAAAAUGUGCCUCUAAUACAUUUUUUCAAGUCAGUAAUUUGAAAUGUGAUUAAUUGUUGAGCUGGGUUAGAAGUACUUAUUAA